CUCGGUCACCCGGGCAGCCCUCUAAGAUUCGAUUUACGAUAGUCCGUCUGAAGAGGGACAUCUGACCUUCAGGGAUCCUGUCCUCAACAAUAAGCAAUAUAAGGGUGGGGUAGAAAACAAGUUGGUUCCCCAAGACAGCCACAGGGUGACACAGGGCCUUGUCACCCUCCCUGAUAGAGUGCCCAGCUGUUCUUGCACGUGUGUGUUAACCACCUGUAUCCUGGUGCUCUUGAACUUGUCCAGGGUGAAACGGGAAGUUUUAAGUUGGAUAGGGGUCACCUGAUGCAUCUCAGCAAGCUUUUACUAGCUGACGAGAACUGUCGCAGUGGAAAAGAAAACAGCACAGAGGGAAGCUGGGGAGCAGGCGAGGGAGAAAGGAGACCAUGACUGUGAAGUCCUUGGUGUGAAGGAAUACGGCUAUCCCCAACUUCUCUUCUGCAGAUCCCUCCUGCACCUUAGGCCCCAGCCAUGUAGGCUUUUUUCCUGUCACCAGCAUUAACUAUCUGGCUAUCUGUGCCUGCAGAAGGUGUCCCAGGGUGAGGAAUGUCAGGCUGAGCAGUUACCUGGGCUCUGUGAAUUCCUGGCAUGAACUGAGGCUGGUCUUUCUCAUCCAGGGUGGUUUCUGCUUACCCUGGACAGCAUUGUCUCCUUGCAUUACCCUGGACAGCAUUGUCUCAUCUGGGCUGGAUGCCUUCACGUGCAUGUGACAAUCACGUCCCCAGAAGUUUCCUUUCUCACCUUCUUUAUCUCCACAUGUCCUUUCCAGACACAGCUUCUCAGAGUCUUGUGUGGGGACUUGAACACUGCUCCUCACUCUCUACACAUUCCUCAUUGACCAAGCCUGCUUCUGUCCCCUCCCAUCCUAUCAGAACACAUAAUUUACGCAGCCUGUCUUGACCAUGGCUCCCUGAAGAUACUUCUCUGACUGACACCGGAGCACACUGACCACAGAGUAAAUUAAUUCUCAGGCUGUCCUGGUGCAUACAAGGUCGUUGUCUCGUUACGCGUUACGCUUUUAUUGAGCCAGUUAGGACCUGCAGAGAGGGCCACAGACAUCGCUGCACGCUGCUCUGCCCAUUUGCUCUUUGAGCAGCAGAACUGACUCUGCAAGACAAUUAGAGAAAGAUCAAUAUUUCAUUUUGCCCUGACAGAAUGGAAGCUCAGAGCACGGCCAAGACUUGCCUGUGGACACAGAUAAGAGGAGGAGUCAGUGCUGGAACCCAUCCAGCUUCUAAGGAGAAAGCCAGCGACCUUUGGCCUUGAUUCUUAGGAGGUUUCUCUGGGUUUGUGCCAGCUGCCCCAUCCAGAGCUCUGGCCUUCUUAGAGAGAAUCGUGAAGGGGGAAAAAAGCCAAACAAAACAAAACGAAACCAAAAAACCAUGACUUGGGUGUGACUCCGGGGAGCGAAGCUGUCUCAGUUGCUCAGGAGCAGGGGAGCAAUGUUGCUCGCUUCCUGUUCAGGCAUGAUCACAGAGCCACGCUUCCUGCUCUGCCCUCCUUCCUGUGGACUCUGCCUCCUCACUGCAGAGAUGCCCUGGCAAACCCAGGGUCCUGGAGCCAGGAAGAAAAAAAGAUGGAUUCCAGGGAGCUUGCUUUAGCUUCCCUGAUGUGUGACACCGGUGGCCCUGGGGAGCUCUCUGUGGGUCACCAGCAGAGGAGGACAAAGAACUGGUCCUUCUCGCUCGUUGUGGCAGCUCUCGUGGGAGCCUUCGGGUCCUCCUUCCUCUACGGGUACAACCUCUCCGUGGUGAACGCGCCCACGCCGUAUAUCAAGGCCUUUUACAAUGAAACCUGGUACAGGAGGCAUGGACAGCCCAUUGACCCGGAUACCCUGACUCUGCUCUGGUCUGUGACUGUGUCCAUAUUUGCGAUUGGUGGCCUGGUGGGAACGCUGAUGGUGAAGAUGAUUGGAAAGUUUCUUGGGAGGAAGUCCACAUUGCUGGUCAACAAUGGAUUUGCCAUUUCCGCAGCGUUGCUGAUGGCAUGCUCACUCCGGGCAGGAACCUUUGAGAUGCUCAUUGUGGGACGGUUCAUCAUGGGCGUGGAUGGAGGCAUUGCACUCAGCGCGCUCCCCAUGUAUCUCAACGAGAUCUCACCCAAGGAGAUCCGGGGCUCUCUGGGCCAAGUGACUGCCAUCUUCAUCUGCAUUGGCGUGUUUUCUGGACAGUUGCUGGGCCUGCCGGAGCUGCUGGGAAGGGAGAGCACCUGGCCAUACCUGUUCGGAGUGAUCAUUGUCCCUGCCUUGGUCCAGCUGGCAAGCCUGCCAUUUCUCCCUGAGAGCCCACGCUACCUUCUCUUUGAAAAGCACGAUGAAGCAGGAGCCAUGAAAGCCUUCCAAACAUUUCUGGGGAAAGCAGAUGUCUCCCAAGAGCUGGAGGAGGCCCUGGCCGAGAGCCGCGUGCAAAGGAACCUCCGCCUGGUGUCUGUGCUGGAGCUUCUGAGGGCACCCUUUGUCCGCUGGCAGGUCAUCACGGUCAUUGUCACCAUGGCCAGCUACCAACUAUGUGGACUCAAUGCGAUCUGGUUCUACACAAACAGCAUCUUUGGGAAAGCUGGGAUCCCUCAGGACAAGAUCCCAUACAUCACCCUGAGCACGGGAGGAAUUGAGACACUGGCUGCUAUCUUCUCUGGCUUGGUCAUUGAGCGCUUAGGAAGGAGACCUCUCCUCAUUGGUGGCUUCGGGCUGAUGGCCCUAUUCUUUGGGACCCUCACCGCAACACUGACCCUGCAGGACCAAGCUCCCUGGGUCCCUUACCUCAGCAUUGUGUGCAUCUUGGCCAUCAUUGCCUCGUUCUGCAGCGGUCCAGGUGGGAUCCCGUUCAUCCUGACCGGAGAGUUCUUCCAACAGUCAGAGCGACCGGCAGCCUUCAUUAUCGCAGGCACAGUCAACUGGCUCUCAAACUUCGUUGUAGGGCUCCUUUUCCCUUUCAUCCAGAAAAGCCUGGACUCCUACUGCUUCCUCGUCUUCGCCACAAUAUGUAUCACAGGUGCUACCUACUUCUAUUUUGUCCUCCCGGAGACCAAGAACAAAACCCAUGCAGAAAUCAGCCAGGCAUUUGCCAAGAGGAACAAGGCUCACCCCCCAGAGGUGAAGGCUGAUUCAGCCAUGACAGAGGAGAAGGCCAACAGCCAGACUGAACCCGAUUCAUCCUCCACACUGGACAGCUAUGGCCAAAACAAAAUUGUCUAAAUGUGUGUUCUUGCUAUAGUAACCUAAGACUUUCCAAAACACUUAGAAGGUUUCAGGUGACCAAAGCCAUGUGAGACUCUUAUACUGGGGAGUCAGGAAGAAACCUGUGGGAAUCGAACCUCACAGUUGCACGUCCAAACUCCCCUGGAAGCAUUCCCUAGGUUUCCUACACUCACCAUACUAUAUACACCAAGGGCUGCCUUCCUCAUGACUGAACCCAUAGUUUUGAAAUAAAGUUGGGGGAAAGGGAACAGGUUGCCUUCUCAUAGGAAAACAUCUGGUCUGAUGUACACUUACUUGUUGUACUGGGAAUGGCAGCCUGGGGCUUGUCUCAGCUGUGCUGUUGCUAAGCAAGCCUGACCUUCCCUCAGCCUCUAGCCUCCAGGCCCCCAGAUCUUGGAAGGCUUUCCGACUUUCUCUUUCACAGGAAGAUUCUUUGUCCCACUAACAAAUGUCUGUUGCUAAUCUUUGGCUCCGCCCUAUGGACCUGAGGCUUAGGAACACUUCAUACCAACCCACCACACUGCUGAUCUUACCAAGGCAGGCUCUGCCCCCAGCACUCAAGGCUUUGAGACCUGAGGCUGUCUUUAGUUCAGACUGUUACAGAGAGCACACAGAGAAUCAACCAGUCAUAUGAAAAAGAACUUUGUGGUACCUAGGGGGGCAGAGUGUGCAAAGUGGACCCUGAACACUGAGAAUGACUCUGAGACUACGUCUAGGUUUGAUGGGAAAGAACACUGGGAUCGAUUGAUGAUGUCUGUCCUGGAUGUAGGAAUGACAGCCUCAGGUCCCAAGCCUUGUGUUUGCAAUGUGAAGAUAACAAACUGCCUGGAAAGACACUCGACAUCACUCCUAGUGCUCAGGUAAAGGCUGGGGUGGCAGGGAUCACCUGUCUCAACCGUUGUUUAGGAAGUCAAAGAGGCGGUUCUAGAGAAGGGUGUUUGAGUGGGUGUCUGGUUGGGGCAAUUUGCAUCUUGCUGUCGUCAUGUUUGGCUGAAUCCCUUCUUCUGCCUCCAAAACAAAGUACAUAUGACAAAUGUCAUAAGCAAAUGGCAGGCACAUGAACUGGCAUUGGCAUGUUUAAGUUUAGGAUGCCUUAGAGGGUAUGUGGUUCCAGGAAGGGAAGUCUCCAGACCAGGCAACAUUGCUGUUUUCCUGACCGUUCUGGAUGAAGAUGGCCUUAACUAAAACCUGUGUUCUGACUUUUCCCUCCCCGUUGAACACUCUUCAUCUUGGGCCUCUCCUUGGUGCAUUCCCAGCUCAGGGAACCAUACCAUCCAGCCCUGGUUUGAACACUGUGUGUCGGUAUAGAGAAUGCAACAUAUAAAUUUGACAAGGGCCUGUCACAAAGGGAACCAAGUAAUUGUAAAACAGAAAUCAUAACAUUUGAAAACUGGCAUUCUCUUGGAGAUUUAAGGAUUGUGUUAAUAAAUAUUAGUCAAUCAUUAUUCUGCCUUGGCUGGGUACUGCAGACAGAGCCAUGGGCAAGGAAACACACUGCCCUGGCCUUCGCACUCUCAUGUCUGACUGAGAAGCACCGUCAAAGCACUAAUGGUGGGAUGCAGUGCCUUCACUGGGGGGUGGGUAUUGGUAGCGGGAAUAGAUGGGAUCUUAGCUGAGAAAGAGGAAUGCCUUCUCAGACAAGGGAUGAACAGAGCCAGGGCCAGUGACCAUGAGGCCGGAGGCCAGCAAUUAUUAUUGUUAUGUUCUUGUAUUUGAAAUUGUAGUGAAGCCACACUAAGGGCAUUUUGAAAAAAAAAAUGAAUCUUAUAAUAAAACUGAUCAUCUCCCUUG